UCCUGAUACCGAGACACGGAAAAGCAGGGGAGGGAGAAUUACAGAGAAAGAAGAGCGAGGAGAGAGAGGGAGAGCGACCAGGGGGAAUUACACUGUCGGACACAAACGCAUCGCGGGAGUCAAACUGACUACUGACAUUUUGGACGUGCUCAAUCUCCCUCACCCGUCCAGACCAAAAUAUCGGAGCUCCAAAGCAUCGACAUCGCGCUAACCCAGAACUCAUGGGUUAACAGACUUUGUUCAGGAGAAGCAGCCACCCAUUAGCCCAAUGAAUAACCGGAAGGAAGACAUGGAAAUCACGUCGCACUACCGGCAGCUCCUGCGGGAGCUGAACGAACAGCGGCAGCACGGCAUCUUGUGCGACGUGUGUCUGAUCGUGGAGGGUAAGAUCUUUAAAGCGCACAAGAAUGUGUUGCUGGGCAGCAGCCGUUACUUCAAGACACUUUACUGCCAGGUGAAGAAGAGCUCGGAGCAGCAGGCUACCAUCACGCACCUGGACAUCGUCACGGCCCAGGGCUUCAAGACCAUCCUUGACUUCAUGUAUUCUGCCCACCUGGCGCUCACAAGCAAGAACGUCAUAGAAGUGAUGUCAGCCGCAAGCUACCUGCAGAUGACUGACAUCGUGCAGGCAUGUCACGGCUUCAUCAAGGCAGCGCUGGACAUUAGUAUUCGGUCUGAGCUUGCAGACGAACUGGCGGAUAUUGAGAUGGGCAGCGUGGUGAAUUCCAUUGGUGGUGGGGCUGGACCGGGUGUGGGCGGGGCUUCUGAGGCUUUGGCAUCCAUGAUUUCGGCCCGCAGCUCCUCGCCAUGGUUGGCCAGGCGCACCAGCCCGGCAAACUCAUCUGGGGACUCAGCCAUUGCUAGCUGCCACGAAGGCGGCAGCAGUUACGGCAAAGAGGAUCAGGAACCCAAAAGCCAUGAAAGCCAGGACGAUGUUUGUUUGCAGCCCCUGUGGCCUGCUGAUUACCGUUCUGUCCAGGUCAAAGAGGAGCAGGUCUCCCCCUCUAAUCUGCAAGACGGGGCGGGGCGAGGCACACAGGGAAUACCUGGAGAGCAAGGUGGCAGAGGGGAUGGGGGCUGGCAACCCCCUGGCUCAGGUCGAAGGAAGAACCGUAAGAACAAGGACACAGUAAGGCACAUAACCCAACAGAAUGAAGGAGACAGUCGGACAGCGUCGCCGCUACAGUCCAUGCUGUCCGCACCUGGCUGGAGCUACAGCAACCAGGACAUUCCAGAAGUGACGGAGCCCAACAUUCCUGACAGCCGCAGCGAGCGCAUGGACUUCCUGGUAAAGCAGGAGGAGGCCGCAGCGGGGGACGGCGGGUUUCUGUCCGGGGAGAGGGACGAGGCCGUAACCCAGGAGAGAGCGGGCUCGGUCGCUAAUCUGCGUGCCGCUCUCAUGAGCAAAAACAGCUUGUUAUCUCUGGGGGCGGAGAUGCUUGGAGAGGACAACCCGCUUCUGUUCGACUACUUGCCCAAGGGAGGACACUCUCUCUCCCGGCCACGUGGCUCCCAUGGCACCAGCGGUUCCCACCAUCCAGGGGCCGUGUUUGGUACCAAACACGGGGCGUCUUCAUCUCCUCCGUCUACUCUUCCUCUUGUUCCUCUUCUACUGCCGCUCCCGGGGGCCCUCGGUCUGCCGCGUCCUGGGGGUCCUGAAGACAAGCUCUAUGAGGAACGGGCCUUGAAGGCCUCACCCACUGAGGAGGACAUGCAGGAUGAAGUCAGCAGUCCCGCUAACCAUGCAGGGCUGGAGUGUGUCCAGGAUCCCGUAGAGGAAGAUCAGAUGGUGGAGGACAAGCAUGGAGCGUGUGUGACGGAGGUACGGGGCGGAGGGCCGGGCUGGCGGCGGGAGCUGGCCUGCUCUCUGUGUAAGCAACUGUUUAGCAGCCUGCUUCAGCUGAGACAGCACGAGUACAGCCACACGCUCUCGCUCAUGGCCCUGUCGCUGGACUGCCUCGACCGCCCCAUGGCGGCCGUGUCUCCGCUCGACCCUCCGCCGGCACGCUACCGCUGCUCCCAGUGCCCCGCCAGCUUCACCCUCAAGUCAAACGCCGACCGCCACGAGAAGACCAUCCACUUGAAGCGGAAGCUCAUGCAGUGCGUCUACUGCCUCAAGCACUUCCGCGACCGCACGGACCUGAACCGCCACCUGUCGUCCGUGCACUCCAGCGAGCGUGUGUAUACGUGCCACGCUUGCGCCCGGACCUUCAGCACGCAGAAAAAUCUGGCCACCCAUGCCAAGGUCUGCUGUCAGUCCGCCGUCUCCCCUACUGAGCGGCUGUGGCAUCUGCACGCCAUAAAGGGGGACGACGGAGAGCACGGUCACGUUCUUGAUGUUGAUUGAUUAUCAGUUACGCAAUCCGUCUGCCAAAACCAGCGAUUUUAUCCACUGGUGGAUGUGUAAACGCAAGGCCAUCCUGGUUAGGGUGUCAUUUUGGGCACAGCACUGUUGGCGUUUCUAUAUUUUGAAUAGUAUUUUUGAAUAUGAGAAGGGUUUUAUAUAUUACUGUAAAGCAGCUCAUGGUUGGCGGCACAAUUACUAUGCAAAAACAGAUGUUUUGUCAAGUUUCUUAUGAAAAAGCUUUUUUGUACCGUGCAGGGUUAUUCCAGUUCUCACUUGAACCUGUAGAACACAGAGAUCUCAUUGUAUUUAACACCAUUUUAUUUUAUUUCUUUAUUGUUUUAGCAGCUUACGAAUAGUAGUAAUGGUUAGACUCAAGCACAGGGGUUCCUCACAAACUUGACCAUUUUACUUUGUGCACAACGCUGCCCCCUGCAGGAGAAAACUUGUGUUCUGAGGUUAACGGGAUGCUUUACCCAAAAAGUAAAAUUCUGUCCUCAUUUACCCACCUUUAGAUUGUUCCAAACCCAUUUACAUGUCUUUGUUUUGCUGAACACACAGAAAGAAAUUUGGAAGAAUGUCAGAUCUCACCCACUGCCAUAGUGGGGAAUAUAAAUACUAAGGGAGUCAAUGGGGGUGAGAUUUGACAAUCUUCCAGAUAUCGUCCUGUGUGUUCGGCAGAACAAUGAAAUUCAUACAGGUUUGGAACAAUCUGAGGGCGAGUACAUGAUGACAGAAGUUUAAGUGUAAGGAGUUGAUUGUGGACGACAAAGAUUGUGGGAUGUCCUAAAUUGUUCAACCAUGUUCUCUUUGACCGUGUAUGUGUGCAAGUAUGUCGGUAGUUUCAGCCUUUUUGAGCCGAAAUCACAGAGAUGGUUGAGAAAAGUUGUGUUUGCCCCCUGUGCGAUACUGCAAACUCAACAUUGGAGUUUAUAACAGCCAGCAAUAAAGCACAGGGAGGUUGGGGAGGGGUUACUUGGAGAGGGCGGAGCAAUGUUAACAGUCGUGUCACAUGGUGUUGACUUGAUAUUGAAGAAUCAGGCCUAACUCUCAGUGAUCGCUGACUGAAGUGUCUAUUGCGAACUGGCGUAGAAUUGAAUCUUUUCUCAUCUUGAAAGUAAACCACAAACAUUUAGUAGGAGUUAUGGGAAAUCUGCAAGAGUGAGCCCUGCAUACAUUCAGCAGUCAUUUCAACAUGCUGUGAAUAUUAAAGGGACAGUUCAUCCAAAAUCCAUUUAUUCGCUCUUGAGUCGCCCAAAAACUGUAUAUUUUACAUUUAGUCAUUUUAGCAGACGCUUUUAUCCAAUACGACUUACAAAUGAGGUAAACAAUGGAAGCAAUUGGCAUAACAUAACAACAAAAAGCAUAAGCGCAGUAAAACUGGUCUUAUAUAUCCUACCAAAGUAUACAAAGCAAAGGUUUUUUUAAGGAAAGAAAGAGUAGAAAAGACAUAGAAGUCAGAACUUAUUGGUCAGGUGCUGACGGAAGAGAUGUGAUUUUCGCCAAUUCUUAACGAUGGCUACUGAAUCUGCUGAUCUUGAGUCAAAAGUCACAAAAUAAGAUAUUUUGAGAAAUGUCUCAGUGGUUUUGCGUCAUACAAUGGAAGUCAAUGGGCGCCAAUGUAGUUUGGUUUCCAACGUUCCUGAAAUAUACAGUAUUUAAAUAUUUCCUUCAUUUUCUUCAUGUAUGUCAUAUAGUUAUGACAAUGUAAAAGAUGAUUAGUGUAUCAUUGAUCAUCUACAAACUUGUGAAAACUCUGAAGGAUCGUCUUGACACGUGGAAAUGCAUUAGAUGUCUUGAAGGCGUGCAAAGAACUGAGUUCCUGAAACUAAACCAGCCUCUUUAAAAUUUGAGCCAAAGUUACAUUUUCCUCAACUUCGUGUUACUCGACUGAGUGUCACUUUCACAAACCCAUGCAUUUUGCUUCUAUCAUAUGUUUUUGGAUCAUCCGUCUCUGACACAGCAUAAAAUCCAGUGUGUCACCUCCCUAAUACAAUAAAUUAAAUCUGGCAAUACCUCUGAAUGUGUCUUCCAAAUUCUUACCAAAAGUAGACAUUUGGAUUUUUGUCAAUCUUGUGUUUAGAGAUUCCAGAUAUCCCUGUUGAUUUUUUUUUGCUGGUUUAAGCUGGUUAUGUGCUGAUUUAAUCUGGCCAUAUGCGGGUUUAAACUGGUCAGGUGCUGGUUUAAACUGGUCCUAAACUGGUUUAAUAUGCUCCUUAACCAGCUCAGGACCAUCUUAGACCAGCUUAGGACCAGCACAUGACCAGCUUAAACCAGCACAAACCAGCUACCAUUCUUAAAAACCUCCCUUACCAGCAUAUGGUGUUUGUUUCAACAGGGAUGUGUAUGUUUUAUUUUUGAAACACCUAAAAUUACCCAAGAAUAUUAUACCCAAGUCUCACAAUGAGCCUUUUCAUUCCACCUUUUCUUUUUCCACCAAAAAGCGGUGUUUGUCUGUGAUCUCUGUCCGCUCUCAUAUACACGUUGCAUAGAUCGUGAUCUGUGCGUCAUACGCAAAGCUUUGAUGUAUUGUGUUAUCAAGCAAAAAUCAGCAAGGUUUGUGCCAAGACAUCAGGGAAAAAAAGUUUCCAAGAAACACGAAAAGCGUGGUAUAAUCAUUUGUGUUGUUAAACUGUUCAGCUUGGUGCUAUGUUAAAUUUUAGGUGCAUUGUGAACAAAAUCACCGUUUGGCUCUGAAUAAAGAAAGAGAAAUUUGUAACUUGCACUGAAGUGGAGAUUUUCAAGGUCUUAGCACUUUCUCCUCAGGAAUAAUAAAAGACUGGUGCGCUUUUUAUAUUGUUUGAAGAGGUUUGAACUGUGGGCGUAAAAACGCGUCAGAAUUCUCAGUCAAAGCUGGGUUGAAUUGCACUAUUUUUGUUAAUAAAAGAAAAAUCCCUUGACAGUUGUUUCAAGACUCAAUGCAUAGAUUCAUGUACAUUGUGUAUUUUGGAAUAAUAUUAUUGUGUGUAAAUUUAUAGCCAAUAAAUUUUGCUCUAAAACAUUAAGAAUACUGAGUGGUUACUUUUGCUUCGCAGAGAACGUGUAUAGUUCAUCCAAAAUUUUGACUUUGAAAAUCGAUUCAAUCUCAAAACUUUUGGUGACAUUGUGUAUAACAAAACCAGUGCUUGUGUUUUUUCAGAACAGAUUUGAGCAUCUCUCUACAACAUGCUUAAAAAGUGUAGAUUGUAUGUGUUGAAAACAGGUGACCAGAUUCUACAUUCAAAUGAGACAAGUGGGUGUUAAAGUCAGAGCUAUUUCAGCACAUGCUUAUCAGGUCCAUCAUGUGUAAGGAUGAGAAUAACCUGGCUCUCGGUUUUGUACUUAAAUACCUAAAUGGUGCCCAUCCGCUAAAACAGACUAAUGAGAUCCCAGUCCUGUAGUAUGAAUAACACAAAUCUGGAUUAUUGCUGCUUUGUGUGAAUCAUGCGCUCUGGAAAAUGGAAAAAUGCCAAUGAGAAGAAGCGAUGUGGAAUUGACGUUCGGUUUUGUGAGUUUGUGAUAUUUUGUGCUGUAAUUGUUCGUCAAACAAUAGUAAGCCGUGCGAGUCUGUGUUAUUUUUUUCAUCCUUCUUUGUUGAAUCUGAGCAGUAAAAUCUCUUUCGGCGCUGCGGUUGCUAGGGAAACUGUCUUUUGGGGUUGGUUUUGGUAUCUAAGGGCAGGUGAGCGAGGGAGAGUAUCCCUCUUCAGUGUUUGUGAAUGCGCUCUGACUGUAUCUUCAGCGGUGACGCGGUGAAAGGACAGGAUUGAAUGAAAAAGAUAUAAUUGAUGUGAAUGUGACAGUAUGAUGAACUUGACCAUUGACGGUGAAUCCCCACAUGGUUACGUUUAUCACAAAACAAAAAAGGAAUAAGGAGGGAAUUAUAUUUUGCAUAACGACAACGAAGCUUAUCUUUCGUGACAUUAUUGUCAUGACAAUAACGGUAAUUCCCCACAAACUAUCUGGACACUUUAAUUUGGAGUUUUUGUGGGAUUUCUUAUUCUCAAUAGUGAUUCAAUAGUUAAAUUCUUAAUAAAAAUACUGUCAAAUUUAACACAGUGCAAACUCUUAAACUUUGUACAUAACAAAAAUAUAAACUGGAUAAUAUAAAUGAUAUUAACACAUUACAGUAUACAUUUGGUAACACUUUACAAUAAGGUUGUAUUUGUUAGCAUGAGUUAAUACAAAAACACAACACUUUGACAACAAUGAGCAACACGUCUACAGCAUUUCUUAACCCAGUGGUUCUCAAACUGGGGGCUGUGGCCCCUUGGGGGGACACAAGAUGGAUGCAGGGGGGCACAGAUUUUCUGGCAUUUUAUGAAAUUUAGAAUUGAAUUUUAGGCAUCAAACAGAAAAGUAAGACCACAAACCAAAAGAAUUGAUGAUCUAGCAUUGCAAAACUGAAUACGUUUAUGGUUUAAAUAAAAUUCUACGUUUAAGAUUAUAUGUCUUUAUUUGGGGGGCCGCAAAGCGAUGCACACAAGGGGACCAUCCAACAAAAAAGUUUGAGAACCUCCUCCUGAACCUAAGUUCAUGUAAUUUCAGCCUUUACUUAUAUAUUUUAUCAUUUUAAGUUAACUAUUAAUAUGCACAGUGAACGAAUAAUAAUGUUGGCAAUAAUUAACAUUAACAAAGAUUAAUAAUUGCUAACAACAAUAUUAUUCAUUGUUAGUUUGUGUCAGCUUAUGCAUUUACAAAUGUUAACAACACAACCUUUUUUGAGCAUUAAUAAGCAUUCCAUUUUCAUUUCAAAUAAAACUGCAUCCCCUAACAUCUAAAAACAAGCUUUGUUUCUUUAUGCGAAUCGUAAUAUCUUUAUUGUGCAUUCAGACGAGAGUGUAAGAUUCACUCUGAAAGUAAAAAUGGCUCAGACUCACCCAUUAAAAUAAUUCUGGUUAACAUGAAUCAACACAUCGCCAUGUUGUCUAUUCAUUUAACUAAUUUUAUCCAAUAGAAAAAGCGUUGUGGUCAUUCGGAUUGGCAUUAAUGUCACAAGCAGGGCUUUAACACUCCCAUAAUUCCAACAGUUUCAACUGCACAUGUUUUGUUUCCUCCAUCUGAUCAGU